CACAAACUGGGAUUUAGCACUUGCAAGGACCUAAUCCAUGCAGCCAGAAACUAGGUUGUUAUAUUUUACAUUUCUAAUUUAUGGACAAACACACGACGUCACAACAUCCAUGGCCAAGGCGAGAUUCGAACUCGCGGCCCGGCCGACCGGCUGAUCAGUAGCACGACACUCUGACCCACGCGGCCAACCGAGGUCCAAGAGACAUAUUACAGUCCAUCU